GCCCAUCUCCGUAUUACGUGUAUGGUGAAUCGAAUCUGAAGAUAGCGUUCAUCUUUCUCUGCAACGGGCAGGCUCCAAACGGCGGUGGAAUGUGAACGGCGGGCCAAUCACAGUCCAAUUCGAAAAUGGCGCCACAUCUCCUGCCCCUAAACACGAUCGCGGCUGCGGGCGCCCGCGACCCAUCGCUGCUCUCCCCAUCCGAGUACGAUGGCGACGCCGCGUCCAUCCGCAGCGACCAGGACACGGACAGCGACGACGAUGAACGCCAGCUCCGCGCGCGCAACAGCCGCGAGCUCCGCGCUCACGACAGGCUUGUCUUGAUGGAGGAGGAAGAGCUGGACCAGUUGGUGACCGAGACGCGGAGGAGACAGGAGCGAGAACGGCGCGGCUCCAACUUGCCCAUCCCAAAUCCCCUGCGGCUGUUUGCCCGGCGCGGGAGCGAUGCAUCCGUAUCGAGGUCCAGGAGCCCUUCUGCCCAGCCUACGCCCCUCAACCUGCCCGCCGGCCUCGUCUCGGAGAAGAGAAGCCUGAGAAAGGCGAGGCGGAAAGCCAAGAGGGAGCGGAUAUUGGCCGAUGCGCAGCACGGCGAAGAUGGCGAGCUGAUGUUCGAGAUGGAGGAAGGAGGCAUGAAAGACGGGAGCUCCACGGGCGAUAGCAGCGGCCGAGACGACAGCGACGAGGUCGACAGGAGGGGGCUGCUGCAGCUGGCGGAUACCAAGUCCAAGCGGAAACGGAACUGGUGCCGCUGGCUCCUGGUGUAUUCGCUGGUUGCCGUAGCCUUUGCUAUCCUUGUCCUGUUGGCGUGGAAGCUGUCGAUGGGGCGGAAGAAGAGGCCAGUCGGCAGCGGGCAGCUGGUGAGCAACGGCACGGCAAUGUUCGCGCCGACCACUAUUUUGAUCAGCCUGGAUGGGUUCCGCGCCGACUUUCUCAACAGGGGGCUGACACCGAGGCUGAACGCCUUCGUCAAAGAAGGCGUCUCGCCGCUCUACAUGCUGCCCUCGUUCCCCAGCGUCACCUUCCCAAACCACUACACCCUUGCCACAGGCCUGUAUCCAGAAUCGCACGGCGUUGUAGGGAAUGCCUUCUGGGACCCUGCUCUGCAGGAGGAGUUUUUCUAUACGGACGCCUCACGAAGUCUUGACCCCAAGUGGUGGGGGGGUGAGCCCUUCUGGGUCACUGCCCAGCGUCAGGGGCUUAAGACUGCCAUCCACAUGUGGCCCGGCAGUGAGGCACAUAUCCUCAGCACCGAGCCAACGUACAUGGACCAGUACAACGGAAAAGAGAAGCUCGCGAGAAAGGUUGACAGAAUUCUCGACUUCUUGGAUAUGCCGGAUUCCGAACGUCCUCAGAUUAUUGCGGCAUAUGUGCCAAAUGUCGACUCGGACGGGCACAAAUACGGACCUAAUAGCACCGAAAUCAGGUCCACCAUCCAGAAGAUCGAUAACAUGCUGGACAAGAUCUUCCAGGGACUCGAGGAUCGGCACUUGACCGGCAUCGUCAAUGUCAUUGUAGUAUCGGACCAUGGCAUGGCAACGACGGACAUCUCCCGGCUUGUCCAGCUGGAGGACCUAGUAGACCUCGAGAAGAUUGAUCACACAGACGGCUGGCCGCUUGUUGGGUUGCGGCCCAAGAACCCAGCCGAGCUUCAGAGCAUCUACAACGGCCUGGUCGAGAAGACCAAGUCAAACCCAGGUCUCGAUAUAUACCUUCGGGACGUCAACAUGCCCGAACGGUACCACUUCUCCAAAAACGAGCGCAUUGCACCUCUGUGGAUUGUGCCCAAGACUGGCUGGGCCCUGGUGAAAAUGGCCGAGAUGAACCUAAAGGAAGCAAAGACCAAGGGGGUGAUUUAUCAUCCUCGAGGGCUCCACGGCUACGACCACGAGCACCCAUUGAUGCGAGCCAUUUUUGUGGCCCGAGGCCCGGCUUUCCCGCACCAGCCCAAUAGCCGGGUCGACAAUUUCCAAAACAUUGAGGUCUACAACAUGCUCUGCGAUUCUGUUGGCAUUGAGCCCGCGCAGAACAACGGAACCCUCCGGCUCCCCCUGACGCCGAUCGGGCUCCACAGCGGCGAUAACCCAGGCACGGAAUCGAACAGUCCCCCCGAUCCCGUGGUGGCUACGACUACAGCUGCUAGUAGUAGCAGUACCAUUACUGCUGGUAGUCAGACUUCUACUUCCUCGCCCGUAAAAUCCAUUGUGGUCGAUCCGGUUGUAACGACGGCAACGGUGGCUGAGUCAAGCAGCUCUCCCGCUUCUACCGCCACGCCGAACACGAUCGGCGUGGACUUGCCGAAGCCUGAGCCCACAGAGCACCCGUCUGGCGGAGAGGACGAUCCGGGAGUUGACGGCGGCGAGGACACUGACGAGGACGUUGGCAACAAGAGUUUUUGGGAUUGGAUCACGGACAAGGUGGAUAAAAUAUGGGGCAAAAUUUCGGGGUCCAAGUCGAGCGACUCCUCGAGCGAUCAGGAGACUUCUCAAUAACAGGAAGCGCCGAGGCAGAUCAAGCCUGUGUAAGUAAGAUAUGUAGGAGUUAUUUCAUGGGCCUGUGUUAGAGAGUGUCUUUUUUUUAGCGUCAAGGGUGGGAACGGCAAGGCGCACUGGCUGCUACUCUGCAUUUCGAAUAGCAUGGUAAUACAAAGAAAGCAAGGAUUUUGGGGAAAUAGCUAUUGAUUUGUGGAAGUCAUGAUUACUUGACCUCAAAGGUGUGUAUGUGUUGCCACUGUACCUCGGUCAGCGCGGAGAUACGAAGUAUCGCUGGCAAACCCGUUUUUCCCCCUUUUGUGGGAGUGGUGCACAAGAAUGGACGGACACACGAUUGAACACGACAGGAAAUGCACGGCUCGGUAUAUCACAUGGUCCGAACCUUGGGGUAUAUCUAGAUGUAAGGG